AGGGAAAUUUUGAUCUAAUUUUUGCGGUUAAAAAUUUUUUUCUUGAUCUUUGAUAUUUGUAAUAUAAUUCGGAGAAAUGUCACCUAUUGGCAAAAUCUAUUGUUAUCCUAACAAUCCUCGUGUCUUCAAGAUUCUUAUUGCCGCACAUUAUAAUGAACUUGAAGUAGAGAUUGCCGAAUUUGAAAUCGGUAAAGAUAAUAAAAAACCCGAACACUUGGAAAAAUUCCAUAAUGAAAAAGUCCCCGCUUUUGAAAGUACUCAGGGAGAUGUCUAUCUUAAUGAGUCCGGUGCUAUUGCGUAUUAUGUUGCUAAUUAUAAAGAAGGUACCCACCUAUUGGGAACGAACAGUAAAGAGAGGGCGCAAGUUUUACAUUAUAUUCUUUUCGCCGAAAAUGAAAUUACUCCUCAUGCCAAUACUUGGGUUAACCCAAUUUUAGGAAUAACUCCAUAUAAUAAACCUGCUCAUAACCAAGCAGUAGCUGGUUUGAAGAAAUCCCUGGAUAUUUUGGAAAAAAUUUUGUUAAACAGAACUUAUUUGGUCGGGGAAAGAAUCACAUUAGCUGAUGUUGCAGUUUCAACUUCUCUUUAUUUGCCUUUCAAGCUGGUUUUAGACGCAGGAUAUCGCAAGGGACAUCCGAAUCUUACUCGAUGGUAUACUACACUUAUUAAUCAACCUUCUUUCAAGAAGGUUUUGGGCGACAUAACCCUUGCAGAUGUUGCCGUUGAAUAUACUCCACCGAAAAAGGAAAAGAAAGAACAACCCAAGAAAGAAAAAGAAGCAAAACCUAAAGCAGUUGAUGUAGUUGAUGUGGAUGAAGAGGAAGAAAAACCUGCACCUAAACCUAAGAGCAAGCUAGAUUCAUUGCCUCCCAGUUCACUUAAUUUAGAGGAAUGGAAAAGAGUUUAUUCCAAUAAUGACACUCGUCCGACAGCCAUCAAUUGGUUUUGGGAAAAUUUUGACCCAGAGGGUUAUUCUAUUUGGCGCGUGGAUUAUAAAUAUAACGAUGAAUUAACCAAAGUGUUUAUGAGUUCCAAUCUCAUUGGUGGAUUUUUCAACCGAUUGGAGAGAGCUCGGAAAUAUGCAUUUGGAAGUUUAGUUGUAUUAGGCGAGGACAACGCGAAUUCAAUUGCUGGCUACUUUGUGAUUCGUGGUCAAGAAGUACCUGAAGAAGUGUAUGAUGCCGCGGAUUUUGAAAGUUAUACUUUCAAUAAGGUAGAUCACACAGAUCCUUCUGUCAAAUCAAGUUUCGAGGAUUAUAUUGCUUGGGAUGGUCAUCUCGAUGGCAAAAAAUACGCGGAUGGUAAAAUCUUCAAAUAAAAGGGGUUUUCAGUAAAGUUCAUUAAUAAUAUUUAUGCUUAUAAUAUGAUUUCUUACAUAAUCUUGAUUAAGAAAAAAAAAAGCCUUUAAAUUGUAGUUUAAUAAAAAGAUAAUGUGAUAUUUGCAAUAUUUGAGCCAUGAUUC